UAAGCAAGGAAAGCAUGUGGUUUCCCAGCCUGGGAAUCCCGCUGCUCCUGUACUGUAUAUAACGCUGCAGGGGCGUCUGCCGCCCGGGUCACAUCACUACUGGUGGUAACGCAGAUCGUGUUGCACAGAAUAAGCGAGAGCUCUUUCUCAACCGCGGCAUUUAUCAUCGCCAGAGAAAACCUCGAACGCACAGGUUUCCAUAAACCUCCUGUGAUUUUAAUCACCUAAUCAAUGCACAGAUUUCAAUAAAGAUCCUAGGAUUUUAAUAACCUAAUCAGGACCUCAAAUUUUUGGACCCGUUAGAGAACCUCGGAUACAAAGAGCUCAUUGAGAGAACAUACAGUAGGUUACUGCUGGACUCCACCAUGUCUCGGACCAAUGUUCUCCCCAUCGCCUCAAUAAUAUUCCUCCUACAGAUCAUCCCUACGCAUACCUCUGCCUCAGACAUCACACUUUCCCUUCCUCAUACCAUCAUCAGUGCUCAGAUUGGUGAAGAGCUUCAUAUUACUUGCGAAGCCAACACUUGUGAGAAACCUGGGUUCAUCUGGGCUAACCUUGUGGACAGUACAUUAAGUGGUACAGUUAGUACUGUGGGGCAGAAGUCAACCCUGACCAUGAAGGUCAACAGUGAGAGCGAUGGAUCCUAUCGUUGUACUGUGUCCUGCAAUAAGCCACCACCAGAGAAGAGCUUCAAAAUCGCUGUCUACUCUUUUCCAAGUGACCCCAUUCUAGACAUGUCAUCUGCUGUGGUGGGAGAACAGUCCCGUAUCACCUGUACACUCACCAACAUCUAUCGCUCUGAGAUGAUGACUGCUAAGAUAAUGCUGGAUACGGAAAUAGUGGUGGAAUAUAACGGGGCAGAGGUGGAUGAAUAUGACCAGAAGAUAAAAAAUAUCAGCUUUUGGCAUGACUUAAUACUGGAGGAGAGUUAUGAGGCAAAGAAGAUUGAGUGUGUGGCUGAAAUGGAAUUCCAGGAGGAAGAUGAAAUUGAUCCUAUAAUACGGCAAACAUCAAUAGACCUUCACCUAAAGUACCCACCAGCAAAACCCCAAAUCAGAACACAUCCAUCCACAACUGUGAGAGCGGGUGAGGAAAUAUCUCUGACCUGCAGCUGUGACAGUGCAUCCCAAGCUUACAUCCAGUGGUUGAAGCUUGUUGAUGGCAGGAAGCUGGAGAUGCCAACUGAUGACCAAGGCAUACUGACUCUUUCCAGUGCAGAACCACAAGACAGUGGGAUUUAUAUCUGUUGUGCGAAAAACGACGUAGGAGAAACCUCUUCACAAGUGGAGAUCACUGUACAAGGUCUUCCAGAAAUUCCUAAGAUUACCAUCCAGCCAGGAGCCAGAGUGACGGCUGGGCAGACUGUUACAAUUGAAUGCUUUGCCAAUGGCAACAGAAACACAAAUGUUACAUUGUGGAAGGUGUCGGAGGAAUUGGAUAUUCUUCUUCAUGGCACAGAAGGGAAAUUCUUCAUCAAAGAAGCAGCUCCUUCUGACACUGCGGAAUACAGGUGCACCGCUGAAAAUCACUAUGGACUGGCUGACACAUCGGAAUCACUCACAGUAACAUAUCCUCCCAGGGAAACUGUCCUUUCAUCCUCUGCUGUGGAUGUGAAAGAAGGGGAUACAGUCACUCUGUCCUGUGCUUCUAAGGGAGACCCCAAACCCAGCAUCUCCCUGUAUAAACUUUUAUUAUCGGGUGAGAGUCUUCUCCUUUCUGAAGGUCCAGUGGUAACAUUAACACUUUUGACAAGUGGGAUUUACCAGUGCCAUGCCAGUAAUGUACUGGGAAGACAAGAGGACACACUGGAACUCAAAGUACGUGUUCCACCCAAGAACACACAUGUAACCAUCACCCCAUCUCCGGUGGUGAGAGAGGGAGACUCUGUACAGAUAACGUGCACCUCCGAAGCUUCUCCUGCCCCCAGCCUGGUGCUGUACAUCAGGACAGAAAAUGGCCUUGUUGAGUUGGAAUCAGAGAGUGGAGAGUACAACGUAUCACAUGCUGGAGCGGGUGACAUAGGGACAUACAUCUGUGAAUCCAAAAAUGUGGUUGGACAGCAAAUAGCAGAGACUCCUCUGACUGUACAAGUUCCACCCAAGAACACACAUGUAACCAUCACCCCAUCUCCGGUGGUGAGAGAGGGAGACUCUGUACAGAUAACGUGCACCUCCGAAGCUUCUACUGCCCCCAGCCUGGUGCUGUACAUCAGGACAGAAAAUGGCCUUGUUGAGUUGGAAUCAGAGAGUGGAGAGUACAACGUAUCACAUGCUGGAGCAGGUGACAUCGGGACAUACAUCUGUGAAUCCACAAAUGUGGUUGGACAGCAAAUAGCAGAGACCCCACUGACUGUACAAGUUCCACCCAAGAACACACAUGUAACCAUCACCCCAUCUCCGGUGGUGAGAGAGGGAGACUCUGUACAGAUAACGUGCACCUCUGAAGCUUCUCCUGCCCCCAGCCUGGUGCUGUACAUCAGGACAGAAAAUGGCCUUGUUGAGUUGAAAUCAGAGAGUGGAGAGUACAACGUAUCACAUGCUGGAGCGGGUGACAUCGGGACAUACAUCUGUGACUCCAAAAAUGUGGUUGGACAGCAAAUAGCAGAGACCCCACUGACUGUACAAGUUCCACAUAGAAACACCACAGUGGUUGUGAUUCCAUCGCAGAACAUCACAGAAGGUGACACAGUCAUUAUCACUUGUAAGACUCACAGCGUCCCAUCUCCUUCUAUCACUCUGCAGAAGAUGUGCGCCAGUAAUAGCGCAGUGCUAUACGCCAGCAACGGCACCUUUACACUGCACAAUGUUACCCGCAAUGACACUGGAACAUACACCAUCAAUGUAAUCAGCGACUUCGGGAAUGAGACAGAGGUCAUCAAUAUCUAUGUUGCAAUACGGCAGCCGAAACCAAACUUUAACCCCAUAUCAGUGAUCAUUGGAUCCGUUGCUUUUGUGUCAGCGGGCAUCAUUGGGGCGGCCAUUUAUCUUCUCAAGCAAGCAAAGGUGCAAGGAUCCUACAGCUUGGUGAAAGCCUUGAAAAACACAGUGUAAUAUUACAUAUGUAGCUUGUAAUGGACAUAUUCAUGUGCUGCUAUGGGACAGUGAUUUAUAUUACAUAGGAACACCAGCUUCAGCACAAGAAAGACCAGUUCCAUCAAGGCUUGUGCUGUAAGAGUUCUUCUGUGAAUGAAUCCAAAGUGAGCUUGUGCUGCCCACAGUCUGCUUUCCGGUACAUACGGAGAACCUUGGUGCUAAACCAUAGUUAUCCAGAUAUUCUGCCUAUGAAUGGGAAAAGAUUCAAGCAAAAAAGACUAAAAGACAGGUAUCAAGGACAAAAAUGACUUAAACUGGAUGGAGCUUAGUGUGUGAAAUGGCACUGUUUGCACUUAGAUUUCUGUGUGUGUGUGUGUGUGUGUGUGUGUGUGUGUGUGUGUGUGUGUGUGUGUGUGUGUUUGUCAUGUAUACUAUGUGUGUGAGAUUGUCAUUAUUUUAGUGUCUAAAGGCUGCUCAUAUUUAUAUUUACUAUUAUUUUCGGCACACUGUUCCUGAUUGUUCUGUCACCGCCUUUGUGUGCUUGUUUUAUAUGUGGUAGAGUUGUGUUACGUGUGAUACAUUUUAAUUUGGCUCUUCUCCCCCAGCAUAGCUGUCGCUCUUUUGGUCUUUUGUUUGGCAAUGAAAAGAGUGAACUGAGUAAUUGGAAGGAUUAAACCCAAGAGAAAGGGGAUUUUGUGAAGUGAGAGCAAAGGAACACUACAUCAUUACACUUGUAGAUUUCUGGGAGGACCUGAAACUGUUCUGAACUGAUUCAGCCAUUAUACCCAAAUUAUGCAUAUAGGACAAUCCUGUGAAUUUCAGUGUCCAUCUGGCUAGAAGAUGUGUGCUUUGGCACAAUUUCAUGAAAUAAAUAAAAAAUAGAUAAUUCUAGUUAAUAAAAAAUAUGUGUUAGGAAUUUGCCAGUAGUACUCACCCUGCACACACUUACUGUACUUACCUUUCUGCAUAAAUAACCUGGAGAACAGCGUAGCGCAGCUUUCCCAAUGAUAUGCAAGGCAGAGAAAUCACUGGGAAAACCAUUUUCCUGGGGAAUGUUGCACCAGGGCAGCCCCUUACGGAAUUUAUUCACAUAGGAAUGUAAUGUUUGAAAAGGGAUAAAAGUAAAAUAAUAGGAGAUACAAUUAUCAAAACCUGACUCCAAAGCUUCUCACAUCAGAAAGAAAAAAUAUUUACUAUGCAUAUUACUGAUGGGAAAUAUAAUACAUAUGCUAAUGUAUGUAUAAACUCCUGUAGAAACAGCUGUAUAAGGGGAAGAUGUAUCAAACCUUAGAGAGAGAUAAAGUGAAGAGAGAUGAAGUACCAACCAAUCAGCUUCUGUCAAAUUACAGGCUGUGUUUGAAAAAAUGACAGAAGUUGAUUGGUUGGUACUUUAUCUCUGUCCAAGGUUUGAUAUAUCUCCCCCGAAAACUGUAAUUUCUGUAAAUCUGUAUGGCAUUUGUAAGUUCCAAUGCCAUCACUUGUGAAUGAUGUGGAAUAUUGCACAUCCUCCUGAUAAUUAUUACAGAUAUUAGAAGUAACCUUGGAGAUCAAGUGCAUUUGGCCCUCUGCCUUAACCCUUUAUAUGGUUACAGAACUCCUUUGUGACUUGUAAUAGCAUUAUCAUUUACAGUAGGCAUUACAUUAUCCCGUAUACUGUAUUAUUCAUUGUUGAGUUACUGGGCUGCAUAUUACACAGUAUUUACUUUGCAAUCAUUCAUUGUUACGUAUAUUCAGUAUUCAUACUAUUCUGUCUCUCUUUCAGUCAUACACUAGCAGCAGGCCGCCCUGUGCAUCACAGCUAGCAGUUGUCACUUAUAUCAGCCGUACAUUUUUACACUGUUUCAUACGAUCUGUAGCUGAUAUUACGUAUUGUAAAUAACUACACUGUUUGAGAACAUUUGCCAGCAGAUUUGCCUUACAGUAUGUGUAUGGCAUUGCAUUUACUGUUUGCACUGCAGAACACUCCUUGGAUGCUAAACAGCAUGUGUUAUGUCUGCGUUACUUGUUCUCCUCAGAACAACAGUGUUACCUGUACCAGCAAAAUAGCCUAGUAGUGGACACUGCUUUUUAUAGAUGUCUCCAGUUUCAGCAUUUAAAAUGACUAAUACUCAGAGGUGCAAGUAUGCGGGUACGCUCGGGUAUGGAGUACCCUUAAGAAUUUGGCAGCGGGUACACAGUACCACCUGCCACACACUAUGCCAUUACCACAAUUAUAAUGUGCCACAAAGCAACAAGACUAUGGUGUUUGGCAGCAUGACAGCUCCUCCCACUUUGUCAGGGUUACUUUGAAUGUGACAGUGGCUGUAUUUUCCUGUUAUAAUGGAGGCAUUACUACAUAUUGUUAUUAAAUUGGGGGCAUUGCUAUAUAUUUCUAUUAUACUGGAGGCAUUACUAUAUAUUUUUAGCCUUGCCUCUAGAUUAAAAAAAAAAAGGGGGGGGGGGCUGUCUUGUGGCUAGGCCGGUAGUGUCAUGUAGCCACUCCCACUAGCAGCAUUUGGCCAUGCCCCCUCACAACACAUGACCACGCCCAUUUUUCGGCACUCAGUACCACAAAGAAAAUAUUUCUACUUGCACCACUGCUAAUACUGUAUGGUUUUCUUAUAGUCUAGGUGUUUAGAAAGCUUUUUUGUGUAAAAUCUGUUAUUUUUGGUUAACACUAUGAUUUUUGAUGAAAGAAAAUAUUUUAAAUAAACAUUU